AUUUACACCAUGGGGUCUUCAAAGGAAGUCAAGCACAAGAAGGAUGACCGCGAUAGAGACAGAGACAGGGAUAGGGACAGAAAAAGUUCUAAGAGUAAGAAGGAUAAGAAGCAUAAACACAGAUCUAAAGAAAGUAAGCAUAAGAGCAAGAAACAUAAGAGUAAAAGCAGAAGAAAGAGAAGGCAUUCUUCUUACAGUAGGUCUAAUUCCCCAAGAUCUGAUAGAUAUUCAAGCUCUUCGUUAGAAGAUGCGAAGAAAAAGGAUGAGAAGAAGAGAGAAAAGAAGGAAGAAGCCAAGAAAGUUGAUGAUAUCCCCAUUUUACCUAAGGAUGCUAACCAGGAUGCUGAUGAUAGUGGCAGAUUGACCAUAAAAGAUUUUCCUUAUUAUAAAAAGAAAAUAGUCAUCUCAGGUCUCCCUCCCGAUGUCUCUGUAGAUGAGAUAUUUAAUUUCAUCGAUACAUAUAUCAGCACCUUUAAGUCUUUAACUCGGACUGAUGAAGAAGAAAAAGUUCAUGACAAUCAUAUUUUUGAAGAUAUCCAACUUGUAGACUGCUCAAAUAGGUAUGCAGUCAUUCAAAUAAAUGAUAAAGAUAGUAUCGAGCAAUGAUGAAGUCUUGAUGGAACUGAGUGGAAGAAACAUAAGAUCAGAGUCAGACGGCCUAAGAAGUUCAUUGAUGAUUACAAUCGUGAAAUAGAUCGGAAAAUGGGGCUCCUUCCUAGUGAUAAAAAUAUUAUGAACCUUCCUCCAAUCCCUGGACAAGAGGAGGAAUCUGAGAAUAAGAUCUUUAUAGGAAGCAUCCCAACCUCGAUGACUUCGGAAGAGGUUAGGAAGCUGUGUGCUGGGUUUGGACUGAUGAGGUCAUUUAAUUUAGUCACAGACCCUCAAAACAAAAAUUUAAACAAGGGAUUUGCUUUCCUGGAAUAUGCAAAUGAUAAAGACACUGAAAAAGCAAUCAAAGCUUUAGAUGGAUUUGAGAUUUUAGACAAAAAGUUGAGAGUUCAAAAGGCAGCAAUUGGAGCAAAGCCUGCUGCUAAACCUAAUAUGGCCCAAGGUGGAGGUGGCAUUCAGGCUCAUCUUAAACCUGAAGAGCGUGUCAGAAUUCCUUUAUAUGCUCUUACUCCAAGCAGAGUGGUUUCCUACAUUGGAUUGAUGAACCCAGAAGAUUGUUUUGAUGAAAGAGACAAGAAAGAAAUUCUAAGAGAUCUCUGUGAUCUGUGCAAAGAAUUUGGAGAUGUUGUUGAUAUAAAGUCUCCUUCGCCUGAACCAGGCACUGGUCAUUGAACAGCAGGAGUUGGCAAAAUCUUUGUCAAAUUUAACCAUAUUGUUGCAGCAAAGCAAGCAAGAUUCAAUAUUAGCGGAAGGAGGUACAGAGGGAAGCUGGUAAUUGGAUCAUUUUACCCAGAAAACUAUUUUGACACUGGAGAAUUUGAUAUAUCUGCAGAAUAAAUUCCAGAAAUAAUUCAGCCUCAAUAUCUUUGAUUUUAA